AUGGAUCAACACAAUCACAUUCACUACCAGAAUCAAAACGAGAUGAUGCAGCAACAGCAACAACAGCAAAUGGGAGCCACUGUUCUGUGUUGCAACUGUGGUACACCAAUAGAUGGUUCUGCAGGUUUGGUUAUGUGUUACGACUGUAUCAAGUUGACAGUUGAUAUCACAGAAGGUAUACCAAGAGAAGCCAACAUUUCCUUCUGUAGAAAUUGUGAAAGAUUUUUACAACCUCCAACCACAUGGAUUAAAGCUGAUCUUGAGUCCAGAGAACUUUUGGCUAUAUGUCUACGUCGUUUAAAAGGUUUGAGUAAAGUCAGAUUAGUGGACGCAUCGUUUAUUUGGACUGAACCCCACUCCAGACGUAUUAGAGUCAAGCUAACCGUUCAAGGUGAAGCCAUGGCCAACACCAUUAUUCAACAAACUUUUGAAGUCGAGUACAUUGUCAUUGCUAUGCAAUGUCCUGAUUGUGCUAGAUCUUACACAACAAACACCUGGAGAGCUACCGUUCAAAUCAGACAAAAAGUUCCUCAUAAGAGAACCUUUUUGUACUUGGAACAAUUAAUUUUGAAGCACAAUGCACACGUUGAUACUAUCUCCAUCACCGAGUCUAGAGACGGUUUGGAUUUCUUCUAUGCUCAAAAGAACCAUGCGGCCAAGAUGAUCGAUUUCUUGGAAGCUGUUGUUCCAAUUAAAUACAAGAAAUCUGAAGAACUAAUAUCUCAAGAUACACACACAGGUUCAUCAACUUACAAGUUUUCUUUCUCUGUGGAGAUUGCCCCUAUCUGUAGAGAUGAUUUGGUGGUUUUACCAAAGAAGUUAGCUUCCCAUUUAGGUAACAUCUCCAGAUUAGUCCUUUGUAACAAAAUUUCCAACAGUAUCCAGUUUUUGGAUCCAUGUACUUUACAGACAGCAGAUAUUUCAGCCAGUGUUUACUGGAGGGAUGCAUUCCCAUCCUUAGCCGAAAUUUCACAAUUAGUCGAGUUUAUUGUAUUGGAUGUCGAAUCUACUGGUUUCAGUCGAGGUAAUAAAGUUCUUGCGGACAUUACAAUUGCAAGAUCAACAGAUUUAGGUGUAAAUGAUCAAGUAUACUACAUCAAAUCUCACCUUGGUGCUGUGCUACAUGCCGGUGAUGUGGUCAUGGGUUACUUUAUUGCGAACUCUAAUUAUAACUCUCCAAUGUUUGACAGUCUCCAAAGUGACUAUGUGCCAGAUGUUAUCUUGGUCAAGAAACAUUACCAAAGAAGAACAAAGAAGAACAGAAACUGGAAACUUAAGAGAAUGGCUAGAGAACAUAAAGAUAUCGAAGCUUCUCAAGACUAUGGUGCUAGAGCUCAAAAGCAAGAAGUGGAACGUGCUGAGAAGGAUUAUGAAUUGUUCUUACAAGAAUUAGAAGAAGAUGAAGAAUUGAGACAAAACAUUAACAUGUACAAGAGUCAAAAACCAGCAGCUGCACAAAUUGAACCUGCACAAGAAGAAGUCGAUAACUCUCCAGAGAUUAAUAUUGAUGAGUUACUAGAUGAAUUAGACGAUAUGACUUUGGAAGAUACGCCGAUGGAAGAGUAA